UCCCUCAGCAGAGCUCCGCGCCUGCAGCCCCGGGGCGCACGGCUCUCUCCCGAGAGUCCCGCCGCCUGACUGUCGCAACUGCCACCCCACGGCCCCCCUGCCCCCCGCCCCCGCCCGGGCCCCGCUCCCCUCCCACCCCCGCCCCCGGCUCUGAUUUCUUCUCCCGAGCGAGCUCGGCGGGAGACACAGGCGCUGGCUGCCCCGUCCGCUCUCCGCCUCCGCCGCGCCCUCCUCGCCCGCGAUGGGCCCCCCCGCCGCCGCCGGAGCCAUCGCCUCCCGGCCGCCGCAGCCGCCACCGCCGCGCUCGCCCUGAAGCCCGCGCCCCCGCGCGCACCGGCUGGCCCCGCAGCCUCGCCCCCUACCGUACCGGCCGGCGGCAGAGUGCUCAAGAUGCUGCCGCCCGCGCCCUCCCUCCUCGGGCUGCUGCUGCUGCUGCUCCUGUGUCCCGCGCACGUCGGUGGACUGUGGUGGGCGGUGGGCAGCCCCCUGGUCAUGGACCCCACCAGCAUCUGCAGGAAAGCACGGCGGCUGGCAGGACGGCAAGCCGAGCUGUGCCAGGCCGAGCCAGAAGUGGUGGCGGAGCUAGCCCGGGGCGCCCGGCUUGGGGUGCGAGAGUGCCAGUUCCAGUUCCGUUUCCGCCGCUGGAACUGCUCCAGCCACAGCAAGGCCUUUGGGCGCAUCCUGCAGCAGGACAUCCGGGAGACGGCCUUCGUGUUUGCGAUUACUGCUGCGGGCGCCAGCCACGCGGUUACACAGGCCUGCUCUAUGGGUGAGCUGCUGCAGUGCGGCUGCCAGGCACCCCGCGGGCGGGCCCCGCCCCGCCCCCCGGGUCUGCCGGGCACCCCCGGGCCCCCGGGCCCCGCCGGCUCCCCGGAUGGCAGCGCCGCCUGGGAGUGGGGAGGCUGCGGCGACGACGUGGACUUCGGGGACGAGAAGUCGAGGCUCUUCAUGGAUGCGCGGCACAAGCGGGGUCGCGGAGACAUCCGUGCCUUAGUGCAACUUCACAACAAUGAGGCGGGCCGGCUGGCCGUGCGGAGCCAUACGCGCACCGAGUGCAAGUGUCACGGGCUCUCGGGCUCGUGCGCGCUGCGGACCUGCUGGCAGAAGCUGCCCCCGUUCCGCGAGGUGGGCGCGCGGCUGCUCGAGCGCUUCCACGGCGCCUCGCGUGUUAUGGGAACCAACGACGGCAAGGCUCUGCUGCCCGCGGUCCGCACUCUCAAGCCGCCUGGCCGCGCCGACCUCCUCUACGCAGCCGACUCGCCCGACUUCUGCGCUCCCAACAGGCGCACCGGCUCGCCCGGCACGCGUGGCCGCGCCUGCAACAGCACCGCUCCGGACCUCAGCGGCUGCGACCUGCUGUGCUGCGGCCGCGGGCACCGCCAGGAGAGCGUGCAACUCGAGGAGAACUGCCUAUGCCGCUUCCAUUGGUGCUGCGUCGUUCAGUGCCAUCGCUGUCGCGUGCGCAAGGAGCUCAGCCUCUGCCUCUGACGCGCCACCCGGCGUCUGCGGGACUUCUGGACCCCAGCGGGGGCUCUGCCCACCUUCUCCUGGCCACAGGCCACCUCCCAUGCCUCCGGAAGCUGAGAGGCGGUGGGGCUGGAGAUACAUGGCUGCCCAGGAAGGCCCAGGGGGCUGGAGAACAGCACACCCCCGACCCACAGGGAGCGCUCUGGAGGGCUUCCGGGAUGAGGCUACGCAGUCCCUCUCGCCCUUUGGCCCCUAUAUGGAAAUCAAAGAGCCAGUCUCUAGGCCUCUGGAUGCAGGACUCCUUAGAACUAUUGGCCAUGGGGUGGGUGAGUGAGUUUCGUAUCAAUAAAAGUAUUUAA